AUGGCAGCCCAGAACAUCAUCACAGACGACAUGGUUGCUCUCCUCCAGAAGGAGCAGAUCGAGAGCGGCGUCAUGCCUGUUGACCUCUUUUUUGCCGGUUCCGAUGAAUACGCCGAGCAUCGCAAGCUCCGGGACGGUGCCAAGGGAUUCGAGCACAUCCGCCCUGCCGGUAUUGCAGUUCCACGAGACGGAUCCGAGGUAGGGCGACUCGUACGAUGGGCAAAGUCGGUCGAUCUCAAGUUCACCAUCCGCGGAGGAGGCAAUGACUUCUGGGCGCGCAGCAUUGCACAUGACACUCUCAUGAUCGACAUGCGCGGCAUCAACAGCAUCAAGGUCGUGGAAGAUCGUCAGACAGUCGUCAUUGGGGGUGGGGUUCUGAUGAAGGACCUGAUUCUCGCUUUGGACGAUGUUGGCUUGAUGACGCCGACGGGUCAUACUUGGAUCAUCGGCUACGCGGGCUGGGUAUCGAACGGCGGCUACGGGACGAGCACCCAUAUCCAUGGCAUGGGAAUCGAGCAGGUCGUCGGGGCGGAGCUCGUGUACCCCAAACACGAUCCCCUCGGCGGCUUUCUCAUAUUCGAAUCCAGCGACAUCAGGAAAACUCUCGAGGCAUACUUCGAAGCCACCACCAAGCUCCCUAUGCCCAAGGAGCUAACGAUCCACAAUUUUAUCAGCUGGCAAGCCCAAGGAGGAGUCGUCUUUAGUGUCAUCUGGACCUGGACGGGCGAUAUCGAGGAGGGACAGGCUUGUCUACAGAGCUGGAAAGACAACGCCCCGCCCCUGCUUGCGUCCACCGUGGAGGUGUUGCCCGAUAAAGUCCGCCAGCAGAAUAUGCCUCCGCCAUGUCCUCUGAAAGGUGGACAAAGGAACUGUUUCCUUACUCGUCUUCCAACAAGCGAUGCCGGCGACGAACUGGCAGCAGCCAUCCUUGAUGCCGCCGAAGCUAUGCCCAAAACGAUGGGCCCAAAUAUUGCCUGGGGAGGCCUGGUAGACAUUGAUGCUGCGACGAUGCCGCCGAAUUGCUUCGUCGACAAGAGUCACUCUUACUUCUCCUGUUCGUACCAGCACCCGACGGAGGAGUACGCCGAAGAUGUCAUCGCGUGGAGCAAGUCUCUGAUAGCAAGGCCUCGGUCGUUGGGCGGAGAUACGGUACUGGAUAGUGGUUACCCGGCCACGAAUCCGCCGGGGGAGAGGAGUGCGGCGGAGCUAUACGGUGAGAAGUGGAACAGGGUAAAGGAGCUCAAGAUGAAGUACGACCCAACGAACGUCUUCAGCCAUGCGUACCCCAAAAUAGAUAUUUGA